UCCCAGUUAUUAUUAUUCAAUCAAUUCCCCCCUCUAGAAGUGCGUAUUUCUUUUUGAUUGCUGUUUAAAUUAUUAAUUAUUAUUAUUGUCCUUUCAUUCAAACUUUAGAGUAUCUCAGAGUAUCAAAAGUAAGUGUUAAGUAGGAUAUCAAGGAUAAAAAUCUCGAUUCGGACCGAUUAUUAUCUCUUUCUUUCUCUCUAGAUCCGACGACGUAUCCUCGACAAAUUCGCGACAAACACACACGGGUGCAUAUCGCGGCUCGGUUUCUUCCAACGUAAGCAGCCCGUCUCGAUCUGAAUUCCCACGAUUUUCCAGCGCGCUCGCAGACGUUACUCGACUCUCUCACGCGGAGUGCAACGCUUGCAGUUCGUCCGCGACGCACGUCGAGUGUAUACGCGCGAAACGAGACUGCAAAGCUCUUAGGGUCGAACCGAGAAACUGUAGAGAGAAAGAGAGAGAGAGAGAGAGAGAGAGAGAGAGGGAGAGAGGGAGAAAGAGAGACAUACAGAGAAACGUGGAUACACACAGAGCGAGAGUGCAUCGGGUGCACAAACACACAAGUACGCAACACAUACACGCAUAAAGAACCUCUACACGUACCGGUGCGUGUACCAAAGGGGGGGGACAAGCACACUUGCUCUGUGUAUCGUCUGGUGGAGGGGUAUGCUGGCUGGACCCCAGCCUCCUCCUCCUCCUCCGUGCCACAGUGUGUAGCCUAUGAGUCGAGUAACACAAAACCAGUCGUCUCUCUACUGGCUAACCAGCUGGCCGUUGGCUUCUAAUUCUCUAUCUCUGUUUCUCUCUCUCUUUCUCGUUUUCUCUCUCUCUCUCUCUCUCCUUUUCUCUCUCUGUCUAUCUCUCUCGCCUUCUCGACUGUUUUCGCCGUGGGACGUUUCACGGAUAGGCGCGUGUGCAAGUGUGUAUGUAUGUGAGUGUGUGUUCGCGCAUACGAUAAUCGACCUUCUGACCUGUGCGACCUGUCCCGCGAAAUCUGUCGCGUAAGUGAAAAGAUCAGUGCCGUGCGCGCGUCAACGAGCCAGAAACGGCCGGACGAAGAGAAUCGCGGCGAAUUCGCGCGUAGCUUCGGCAGACAGGAGAGAAGAGAGAGAGGAGAGGAGGAGUCACGUGUGUAACAGCGCGAAUGCGACCGCGAGUCCGCGUACCGCGUCGAGCCCGAUUCGAUUGGCUCGUGAAAGUGUCGGAAAAUCGAGCGCACGCGAAAUGCUCGCGUUGCGAUCGAUGUGAACGCGAGAACGGCCGCUUAUCAGUCGGGAUCGCUUAUCAGCCAGAGUCGCGUGGAGAACGCGCGGGAGUCGCGAUCCGGCCGGUUGCUGCGCGGAUUAUAGUUUCCCCGCUGCGUGAAUCCGAUCGAGGAUUUACGCUCGUUUUUUCGCGGACGAAUAAAUAAAUAAACAGCGUAGCUCCGCGAAUCGUUCUGCGCGAGCACGCGCUCGUUAUCGGCGGUGAUAACGAGCGCCCGUCGCUGUCAACGAUCGGGAGCGCGAUAAUAAUCGCCUCGCCCUGCGCGGAUAAUGCCGGCGUCGUUGGCGCGAGCCGCCGAGAAAUCCGUCCGGUUCUUCGCGGCGCAAAAUAAUCGCGGGCGAUUUUUUUGGUCGGGAAACCCGAGCGUUUCGCGCCGCAACUUUCACUGCUGAUUAACGAUUAUCGCGGCGCGCUCUCCGGGUCCGGGCUAGAACGAAACGCCGAUUCGAUAUCCGCAAUAAUCGCCGAGCGUGCCACGCCGGCGCAACCUCUGAUUAAGCGAUCUCUCUCAACGGGCGAACGUGCGCGCGUUCUACUAAAAAUGUUCAUCCACAUCAUCCGAUGUGUCUCCUGAUCAGCAAAUAAUCCGACAAACGGUGUGCUGAAUAAACAUACGGCCACACUGUGGCGUUCGCCGCGAGGUCAACUUGUCGUCGCACUCGCGCCGUUGGACGACCACGGAAUCCACGGAUCCUCACCGCAUCCCCGAGUGGCAAUUCGAGCCCGCGCGAACGUCAGAAGCGCGUCUGGAGAAUACACGUCGACAGCGAAUUGCGCGGCUGAGACACUCGGAGGAGAGUAGAGCGACUAAGCGCGACGAUUCGUGUCAAGGUGGCGAGCACGAUCGGCCGAUUGUCAAACAGGCCGCUGCGAGAAGCACCUGCGAUUAAUCCCAUCCGCCGUUUCGCGCCUUUCUCGUCGACCGCGCGACGCCGGCACGUCCCGCUCGCGGAGGAAGUCUCACGAAGGACGUCGUGGAACACGCGGAGACGCCCCGAGUGGUGACCUCUCCUGCUGUCGAUCCGUCAGCUCGUGCGAUCGUCCUGUGGCGUCGUCGUCGGCGUGGCCGGCUAUAGGCGUCACGAUGAGAGCUUUCGCCAACUGAGACGCGAUCCUUCGCUCUCACGCGACUGAUCCAACCUCUUGGAUCCAGGAUGGAUCGCAGCUUCAAGAACAACGCGGACUUCAAGAUGAAUCAGCAGAGCUUCAAGCUGAGCGACUUCGGGAUCGACGCGAAGCCGGAGUCGCGGGUCGCGAGUAAUUUGAGCAGCAAUCAGCUGUCUCGACGAUCGGCCGUUGGUCAAGUCGGUCAUCAUCAUCAUCGGUACGUUCACACGGAAAACGUUCCGCAGCAGCUUCCGACGAUGAGCCGCCUGGCGACGGGCGGCUCGAACCUGCUGCUGCUGCAGGUCGCGUGCAGUCGUCCUCACGGCGGCGGACCGUGCGGUUCAUCGUUGAUGACGUGCGACCGUGGUAACCGGCACAGUCCGAAUCAGCUCGGACAGAUGCAGAACGCGCCGCUGGCGGACCGAUUUCGGGUGUCUUCCAGCAGUCCGAGCAGUUCCGCGUCCGGGAGCAGUCCGAUCGUUCAGCUCGGUUCGGUACCGUCGCCUAAUUGCUGGAAACAGUACGGCGGACAGGAGAGCGGGUAUGGUUCGGAUGAAUUCGGCCAAGACUCGCCGAGGUACACGUCGCCGAAGGCCGCGUUGUAUGCCGACUCCUAUUAUAUCGAUGGUAACACUGCUGGAACCGGUCCCGGUGACCCAUGGACGGGUGCCGGCGGUGGCGUUCAACCCCCCUACAGCGGAUACGCACCCCCUCACCUGGCGCAGCCGGCGUACCCCAUGCACCUACCCCACGAUCCCAUGGCAUAUUCGGCGAUGUCGCCGAACGGGGAAUCGACAGCGCCGAUCUUGGGCUCGGCGGUGACCAGUGCGGCCUCCCUGCCGCCGAUGUCAACAUUCCGGGGUAGUGCCGCGGUCGCGGCGAACAGCGGCACGGGAGCACCGUCGCCGGCAUCGUUGCAAUAUAGCCAUAGUCCUGGUGCACCGACGACCGCGCCCUCCGCGCCCAACGCUGCGCCCACGACGAACCAGCAAACCACCCCCGGCGACACCCUCGGCAAGACCCUCGCAUCCGUAAGCACCCGAAUCUAUCCCACGGACCAAUCAGUAUCCAGUUAUAGCAGUAAUCCAUCUACGCCCGUCAGUUCGCCACCACCUUUAACCGGUUCGGCGCCAGGUUGGGCACCUGGAGCCGCACCAGUGUCCCCGCAUUUCACGGCGGACCCCAACCGUGGUAUUCACAUGCCGGCGCCUGAACAGCAGAGGUUAGACGAUGCCAUCGGCUUCCUUCGCGACCAUGCCGAGUUGGUACAGGGAACCCGAAUGGAGGAACGGCUGGACGACGCCAUAAACGUCCUAAGGAACCACGCGGAGAGUCAACUAGGCCUUCACCUCGGCCCGGUAGGCCCGCAUAGCGCGAUAUAUUCGCACACCUCACCACCGCAGUUGGAUCAUCUGACGAGUCCACACUCUGCGGUAACGGUAGCACAACCUCAGGGUUCCUACCCCGGUCUCACGCCCACGCCCGACACGGACGGAUCCAUCAAGAUCGAGAGGUUACCCGUCACGAAUGCCAAAUACAUCUCUUUAGAGAAGAGGAAAGACCCACCGGACAGUAGUGGCGGCGAAACGAAGCCGUCGAGCAGUGAACUCGCGGCCGCCGGUGUGAUCGGGGCUGCCACGGUGAAUUCGACGUCGCAAGGCAAGGGCACCAAGAGAUCGCGCAGAUAUUGUUCGAGCGCCGAUGAAGACUGCGACGAUCCCGGCACCAAAGCGGUGCGCGAGAAAGAACGUCGCCAGGCCAACAACGUGCGUGAAAGGAUACGCAUCAGGGACAUCAAUGAAGCCCUGAAGGAAUUAGGAAGAAUGUGUAUGACACAUCUGAAGACCGACAAACCUCAGACGAAGCUCGGCAUUCUCAAUAUGGCUGUCGAAGUUAUAAUGACGCUCGAGCAGCAAGUUAGAGAGCGAAACCUUAAUCCGAAGGCUGCGUGCUUAAAAAGAAGAGAAGAGGAGAAGGCCGAGGAUGGUCCCAAAUUACCUGGCCAUCUCGCGGCGCACAUAGCACAUCCGCAUUCUCAUGCUCAUGCACACUCUCAGGCGCCCUUCCCCGCCUUGCCCGGUCCGCAGCCUUCCCUUCAGCACAAUCCACCGCAACCGCAGUAGCAGCGGCUCAGUGGCGGUGUCAUUCUGUGUUAAGGGGUAGAUACAUCUUAAAAUCGACAAGUUUGCCGAUAUGACUUGCAUAUCCAUAUGGAGAUACUUUCGGCUCGCGCGAGUUGCGAGAAACGCGCAGAAAAUUGUGGAUAUUAUACGUGAUGCGUCGCAUUGUGUAGACGAGGAGGAAGGCGGUGGAGGAGGAAGAGGAAAUAGAAGAAUCGGAGGGGUGGGAGGAAGAAGAAAAUGAGAAAUCCGUUUAGCCGGUUCUGUUUUACAUAUAUCGUUUACUACUUAGUAGCGUUUGUAUAUUAGUAUUUUGUAUGAUUCUACUUAAAGCCUUGGAUCAUCAUCAUCCUUUGAAAUCACAAUCUAUCUAUCAGUGAUUGAAGAGAAAAAGUCUUAGAGUAUUACAGUAAGGAGCGGCACCGAUAAUACCCAUAACUUUUUGCAGCAGCUCUUUUACACGUGUGCGAGUUAAAACAAGAAAGAGAAGAGAUUUCGUAUGCUCAUGUGUAAGCAUAGCGCGCGCAUGUAUAGUUUUAAGAGGCAUCUACCCCACCCCCACGAGGCGGCUUCAAAUUAUUUUUAUAAAUAGCGAGAAAAAGAAAAAGAAACAAAGGAAUAUGGUUCCUCUCUUUCGAGAUAUAUAAUGUGUAGUACGAUCGAGGUUUUAUUAACGGUCGAACUUCGCUACUGACUCAUGUUAAAUUGCCCACUUCUGUGUAUACACUAUUAACACGUUGCGUUAUAGCGCGCAAUAGCUAGGAGGAGAACUACUCGAGUUUGCGGGAAAACAGAGCCCACACACACAAACACACACACACACACACACACACAUAUGCACACAAAAAAUACGUAUACACACAGACUAAAGAUGAAGAUAAAGGCAGCAUAAUUCCGAAAACCGGUCCAAAAAAGAACUCUCGAGCCCAGGUAUCGCUUUUUUUCAUCAUCGAAAUUGACAUUCGCGCAUUGUGAUACUUUGUUACGCGAUCUCUUCGAUUCCCAUGAAUUCAGCUCAUUAUCGCGUUAUGAACCGCGAAGUUCUGCAAGAUUCUGCGAGUCUCUCUGCAAAUCUUCGUCGCCGACGGAGAGCACACGUGAUGCGUCGCCAAUGUAUAUAAACGUAUGAACUGUGUCGCCUUUAUGUUGAUCAUUAGACAAUGAAGAUACUGUAUAUAGAGAUUAUCGUUUACGAGCGUCCUAGAGUGUGAAUCGAAGAUGCUAGCGGUUCGUUCACGCUCGCACAGAGUAACAACCCACCGUCACCCACCACUUUGCAAACUGGCUGCCGCGCGGUGUCGUGAGAAAAUCAUACUUUCCGGUGCUUGCAGCUUCUCUCUCGACGCGUGCAACUCUCGAGUUUAGGAAAAAAUGCGGGGAGGACGAGUUUUCUGAGUGCGCGUACACGAUUCACUUCGACUCGGCAAAUUCGUUCUCCUUAAAUAUUAAAGAAAAAAGAGAUAGACAUGUCGAUUAUAAGUAUUGUUCGGCGCGAUAAAGAAGCUGCGAUUUUCAAGUAGUGUAAUCAAAAUUUCUCGCGAUACCGCGCUGUCCAAAAUACUCUCCAGCUAUCGAAAUUUCUCUCUUACAUUAGUAUCACGAAAGAAAUCAAGAGAAAUAUAUAAACGCGAAGGUUAUCCUAUUCGACGAAGCUAUCGGCAUAUAUUUAUUUCGCUAUGCUCGAACGUUUUAUCGCUAAAAUUUGAUUAUAUAUAUAGGCUGUCUUAAAACUAUAACACAACACUUUAAUAGUGUAUUCUGCAGCUUAACACUUUACUACCCGAAAACCUAUUUUAAUAGGUUUCCUACCGACGGUGCCGGUAGGCAAAGUGUUAAUUGAAGUCGAAAAUAUUGUUGCCUCAAUACUUUUCAAGUUAUAUAUAUAACUAAAUUAUAUAUUUUAAUUAAUUUCCCAGGUGGGAUAUACUUGAAUAGAAUUUUAAAUAAAAACUUAGUCAUUGAGACAUAUAUAGUAUUAAUUGGAAAGUUAAAACGACGUGGAAGUUCUUUUAUUUUUAAACACUCAGAAUUUUCGAUCUCAACUAAACUCCAGAAUGCAUUAUUGAAUUGUUCAUACGAUAGUUUUAAAAUAUCCUGUGUAUAUACAUAUAAAUAUAUAUAUAUGUAUAUUAUAUGCAUAUAUGCCAUUUAUAUAUAUUUAAAGUGCCAUUUAGGACAUUUUGGAUUUUAAUAUCAGGCUGAAACGAAGAAUUCAGCCUUAGUUUAUAUUAAGCGUAAUUUAUACGUGCUCGUUAAUACAUGUAAAUUUACUCUUCAUCGGUGAGCUAUUUUAAUAAUUUCUUUUCCAGAUUGUGUAAAAUAGCGUGAACGAUCCGUGUCCAAAACCGGAAGAAAAACCGUACAUUUGUAAGAAAUAAUAUUUAAAGAUUUUUGUUUUGUAUCACGUCAAAUGAACGAUUCUUAUGUAGAUCCUUAGGACGUUGACAUUACAUUUUAUUUCUAAUCAUCGGUCGAAUGACUUUUAAUUUAAGAGCGAUCAACGAAUAUUAAUUUAAGACGUAUUUAGGACACCUUCGAAUUAUAUAUUAAUCAUUUCUACUAAUUACAUCUCUCGUUGUCCGUGCCUUCGGCACGGAGACACGAAGUGUAACUCCGAAAUGGAUUAUCUCGAGUGUUGUUGCGGCAUUGAGUAAGGUAUAUAUACAUAUAAUGUAUAUAUGCACAUACAUAUUGGGGACAGUAAAUCUGUGCGGCUGCGGAGAAAAAUUCACGUAGAAUCUAAAAAAAAAAAAAAAGUAAAAUUACCGAAUCAAUUUGCUCGUUUUCGUUUUCACGCCGACGUCCGUUUAGAGAUGAUCGUGUGUUAAUUGUGCAUUGCAAUAUGUUGUCAACGGAAUUGACAAGCAUUUACAUGUGCCAAAACGUGAGCACGCGACGAGAAAAUAAUUACGAUGCCUGAUGCGAGGCAGAUUCCUUAACGUGAGACACACACGACACCGGUAUAUUUAAUGAAAAAACGCACAAGAUACAAACGCUUUACAUAGCGGUCUUUCUGUUUUGUUUUUCUUUUUCUCUUGACGCCGCACCGUUAGAAGGUCUUGCGAUGACGCCCACUUUGGUUUUGGUACAUCGUCGAAUCACUCUGGACCCUCUCGAAUCUUUUCGACAACGCUCCUCUUCCUGCGUUUUAUCCCCUGCCACCUGUUAUACGGUCGAGAUUUCUGUACUUAUGCGUACGGCAAAAUGUUAGAACAAACGGAACGGAAGGAGUUAAGCGUCGAAACGAAAGACGCGAAAGGGGUUCGAGACGGAAUCGCGCGGCUCAGCUCGCAUCGAUUGCGAGAGGAGCCAACCCUGUCAUAAUCACGGUUAAUUAUUAUUAAUUAUUAAUUAUCAUUAAUUAUUAUCAAUUAAUUACCGCCGAUGAGAUCUUUCGUGAGAGAGAAAGAGAGAGAGAGGGAGAGAGAGAGAGAGAGAGAGAGAGAGAGAGCAGAGAGAACGGGACAUUUUUGUUUUUGAACAAAAAUAUAGCUCAACGUAUAUGUACCCAGUUGCCAUGUAUUUUAAUUUAUUUAGAUUCUUAAAUAAAUUUUAUUGAAAACAAGAACCACGACGACGACGUAUCGAGUAUUGCCCGCUGCUGUGUUCAUUCCGCCUCUUUUCUGCUCUGUUUUCUUUCGCUUGUUCCGUAUGCUUUGCUCCUCACCGGGAGCAUCCGCGAAUAAUCCUUCCCCCCCCCCACCCCCCACCCUCUCCCACCUUCACGAAGCUAUAUUUUUCUUCAAAAGCAUGACAGGAUCUUUAUCGAGAUCACGAGGGAUCGUAGGAAUUUCGCGUGUAUGUAUCGCGCAGUCUGUGACGAAAUCUUUCGCUUGUCGAUGAACUUGAACUCAUAUCAAAACGUGUCAGACAUAUCGUAAUUUAUAUUUAUUGUAAGGUAUGUGCGUGCAAAUAUUUUAUCUUUCCUCGUUUCUCGAACGCUUCUUAGAUUUUAACUCCGUCGUUGUUUCAUGUAACGGCAAUCCUCUCGAAUCGAACGAUAUCUAAAUCAUGCGCUUGCGAAAUUGCGCCUCGGUCAUCUUGAUGAUCACGCUCGAGACACUCACAUUGUUAAGCCAGCUUUUCCCUUUUCGCUCAAUCGGCCAAUCGGAACUUUCGUCUUUGAUAACGAUCGAGUGCCUGCCUCAAUUGUGCGAAGUGUCGUAGUAUGAAGUGCAUCCUUCGACGAGAGAUGUUGCGGCCGAGCAGUGAAAUCGCGCGCAAUCCAAAAAUCGCAGCGCGCGGUUAUCGCGAAUCACACAGAACACAAUCAUACAGAGUGAAGUACCGUCGAGAUACUCCGAGAUGUAACGUUUGAUACAAUACCCUGAGCGACAUCGUGAAUACCUUCGAAGUCUCUCGUUCUCUAAUCUUACCGAAACCGAUCGACAAUUGCGGACAAUGAGAAUAAUUAGCGAGACUGUCCCGGCGUUGAUUUUUCUAAGCUAUGUGUGUAAGUUCGUUCACAUGCCCUCACUAGAUCAUAGAAUUAUUACGAGAGAGAAAUCAUUUUCGUUAUCGAUCAGGAUCUGUAGAUUUGUAGGUAAUCUGAUCGGCAAGAACUCGCGCAACCUCGCUCCGCUCAUAAAUUAAUAAUCAUUAAUCAUGCUCCCGCGUCGUCGCGGGCGACGCUUUAUAAAAUACUUAAUGACAGGAAGGAGACGGGAGUAAAAAGGAAAGGAAAAGAGGCAGGGAGGGAAGAAGGAAGGUAGACAGAAAGAGAAAACGUGACGAUAAUUAUACAUUGUGACAAAUUGCAGAUAGAGGAAGAGGGAGCCGCUCACAGACACUAAACUAAAAAGAAAAAAGAAAAAAAACUACACGAUCACGUACUUGUACUCGCGAAGGUAAUCAUGUAAAAUAAUAACGACAAUAAAUAGCUCGUAAGCCAGUCUAAGCUAGACACUUGUCGAUAGUCGUAGAUAGUCAAAGUGAAGAAGCCGAAGAAGGAGAGGCGACAGUCUAUAACGGGGGGUCGAAGUCGAAAUCGUAUCGGCCGUGGAAUGGAGAGGCCCCUUCACACAGACUUUUGUAAAUGAGACGAGAUAAUUACGCUCUUAAUGACAAUGACGAUGACGACGAUAAUGAUGUUAUUUUCGAGUACACGCGCAUAUCGUGGACGGCACUGUGCGGGCGCGUACGUGUGCACGCUUUCGUUUGGUAUAACGUGUUGGUUGUAAAACCUCCGCGGUGUAAGGAUCAAUUUAUUAUCGUUACUGUUAGGCGAUUAAAUAUCGGUGUGAGAAACGUGAGAGGAACUAUUGCGUCGCGGUCUAAUUGCGUAAGGGUUCAGUUUUGUCGGCACAAUUGCGAAUCGAUAAUUAUCAUAUCAUAAGGUGUAAACUAUAUUAGGCGUAUAGUACCUGUAUCAUAUGUAAUAAAAAAAAGGGAAAGAGCAAAAACGAGAGGACUAACGCGUAAGUAAGGCUGUUUGUGUGAACGGGCCUGGAAUAUGUUGUUGAGAACCGAUCUCUUCGACCCUACAUGCGAUUAUUAAUAUUAAUGAAGUACGAGAUGAAUAUAAAUAUAUAAACUGAGCGAAAGAGAAGUGGGAGAAUGUGAGAAAGGGAGAGAGUGAGUGAGUGAGAGAGAGAAAGAAAGAAAGAAAGAGAGCACGGGUAUGUGAAUGAGAGAGUGAACAAGUGUAUCGAUUGAGAAAGAAAAAAAAAUGUAAUUAUAUCACUAGUAAUAUUACCUAUCACUAAUAUAAUAAAUGUGCCAUUUUUUCCAUAA